AUAAUUCCACCUUCAUCUUUCCAUCUCCUUCCGACGUUCACCCUUUGCUUUUAGCCUCUCUUCCCUCAUAAUACCAACAGGAGGACCGCCUUUGUUUUUUUUUCUUCUUUUGCUCUUUCCUAUAAUUCGUCCACCAUGCCCGACACGGACCCGCAGGCAUCAUCCCAUAUGAUGAAGACAACAAAACGCGGGAGGCCUUUCUUAAAGGAUACUCUGGAUCUCUUUGCGACGUUAAUAGUUUCUCUUCAACUUGCCCCGCAUAAGCAGUUUUUUCGUACAUUUCCGAACUCGUUUUCUACCGAUGAGGCAGCGCAGAACUUGGCUUCCCUCAAAUUCUCUCAGUCAAAUCGAGGGCCGGACCCCAGAGAACCUUCACGAGUGGUUACGACUACGACGACUACAACGUUCUCUAUGACCCGAGAUAUGGCAAAGGCUAUGAGCCAGCAUUUCAUGGAUGCGCGCCUCAUCGAAAAUGCUGCGGAUCCUUCUUCUAACCUGUUCAAGGACAGGGGCAUCUACAUCCUGACGCCCAAGGGCUUGCACGUUUUGGAGCGAUUCAUCAGCAAAAACGGUAUUAACUCCGACCACCUCCAGAACGUUUUCAUCACCCAGCCCAUCUGCAUAAAACUCCUUCACCUUGAGCGUCGAUCAGCUGAUGACGAGAUCAUUGUUAGUCAGUCCGUAAUCACCGCCCUCUUUCGUCGUUUUGUCGGUCGUCAGGCGAAUUAUCCAUCACAAACUACCCAGCCUCAGGACGCUUUUCAACGAUACAACGAACGCGCCAGGGGCGUUUUCUUGAUGGAUGUCACCGAGCGUGCUCAGCCGUUACUUGGUAAGGGACAACAACACCACAAAUACUGUUUCGCUGCGGUGACUGCACUCGAAUGGUUGUGUGAUUUCACGUCGGUGGUGGGCAGGGAGGAAGCUGCAGAGAUGGCAGCGCAGUUCGUUCGAUUCGGUCUCAUCACUUUGGUCAGCGACAAGAGGAAGAACAAUGAUUCCGCCAUCAUCUUUACAGUACGAGGCUCUGCACCAGGUGGGAACUCGCCUGUCAGCCAACACGGCGAAUUCCGAUGCACCGCCAAAGCCAUAUACAAGAUCACGGACGAAGGGCGUCGUGUCGCUCAUUGGGAUGGCUCCAGGCCUCUCGGAGCUCAUGAUUCUCCUAAUGCUUCUUCUGCCAGUCUGAAUGCUGAGCGCUCGUCCGUCGAUAAUGUAUCGGAAAGUGGAGAGAAGAAAGGGAGCGAUGCGAAGAUUCAUCGACGCAUAUCUAUGGCCGAAAAGCUCAAUGUCAAUUACCAGGCGGCCGAAAAGAAGAAUACGAAGGAGAGCAACACUGAACGUCUUAACUACAUUCUCGAGGAACCUAGUCUUCGAUCUCUCUUUCGCGAGUUCUUGAGAAGUAACUUUUGCGAAGAGAACCUGUCCUUUUGGCUUGAUGUUCAGGACUUCAAGCGGAAAUUCAACAUCACUUCCAGUGCUGUUGCAGUGAAUCCUCCACCUAGGUCGGGUUCACGGACAACCCCUGGUCAAGCUGCCAUGGAGCGUCAUCACGAAUCCCUCAUAUCCACAGCCUUUGUCAUUUAUAACACGUACUUGGCUCCGUCUAGUACGUGUGAGCUGAACAUUGACCACGGGCUCAGAAACGAGUUGGUAAAGUAUUUGGACGAUGUUGUAACUAGUCUGGAUGGGAAGCCUUUCGCUGGAAAAGUGGAGCCUGAACAGGCUAAUGCUUUUAAUGCUACGCAACUUCAAACCAUGAUCCGUUUGUACGAGCGGAUCCAGGUACAUGUCUUCCGACUAAUGGCCACAGACUCUGUACCUAAGUUCAUCAAGACCCCUAAGUUUCUUGCUAUGCGAAAUUGGGUCGAAGAUUUUGACCCGACUGAUGACGAUGUGCGACUAUUGUCCUCCGGUCCCUCUCAGCCUCCGGGUCUAGGCAAUAACGAAGAAUCGGGUGGUGCUUAUAUUACGAUUUCGCAACAAGCGAGCGAACGGGAACAUAGGCAACAACAAGCACAUACCGCACCUAUGGGGUCGUCACCAUGAGGAACCUUUUUUGUUCGCGUAGUCUGUUACGGAUGGGUUGAAUUUCGUUUACAUCUGCAUUCCGUUGGGGUCACCUUUAUCGUUCCAGACAUUUGCUCUUGCCUUUUUCUUGUCACCCUCAACAUGCUCAUCUCAUUAUUCUUCUCGGUGUCCAUUGCAUUAACACGUGUAGGCACGUCCACCCCGGCGGCUUAUUUUCUUUCUUCGUUGCACUUAUUCUUUCAUGUUUUUCUUUCUCCCCGUUGUGGUCUUGCAUACACAAUUGCCUACCUAUAUACUGCUAUUUUGCCAACCUUCACUGCAGACUCCCUUGUGUCAAUUCAUCAUCCUACAUGUAAUUCGUAGUACUUUAUAGCACAAGUAAUAAUAAAACAGAUCUUACUCAUAAAAA